AGAGAGAGAGAGAGAGAAAAGGGGAGUGAGAAAGUGGGGUGCAAAUUUGUGAAGGAGAAGAAAGCUUUAGCGUCAAAGAAAAGAUUUUUUUCAUGAGUUUCUAUGACCCGUUUCUUACUGGGUUCGUCUUUUCUCAAAUUUAUGUCUUUUUAACAUGAAAAGGAUUUGAUUGUGUGGUAUUAUCACGUUUUGAUUGAUGGUGAAUAUGAGUAGUCAAGUGAGCACAAAAGUCCGAUUAGUGAGAUGUCCUAAAUGCCGACAGGUUCUGGCAGAGUUGCCUGAAGUCCCCCUUUACAAAUGUGGAGGAUGUGGCACUGUUCUUUUAGCUAAAAACCGGAAGCAAGAGACCAACGGCACUGCAUUAUCCUCACAAGAAACAGAUUCUUCUGCAAAAAGUCAACCGGACGAACUUUUAGAAGCCAAUAGCUCGAGUAAACCUUUGACCAGUCAACCCGAGAUAGAACCUUUAUCACAUAAAGACACCCCAAGUUGUAAUGAUGAAAACUCUGUGGAACUUCGUGAGGAGCCUGAACGGUUGCUGCAAAAAGGCGAUGACUUUGUUGCUAAAGUUCAAAGUGUUAGCCAAAAAGAAGACCAUCUUCAAGAAAUCAAGCCUCCACAGAUUAUCUCCAGCUCAAACGAAAGUAUAUUACCACCAGCAGCUGAACAGAACAAGGAAAAGAAAACAAAUUCAAACGGUUAUUAUUAUCAUCAUUCUAAUAACAAUGCUCCCUCUCGAUCCCUCUCGAAAGAGAGCCUCGUAUCUUUUUACCUCACAUCCUCCGACAACGACGCUCCUGAUAAUUUUCCAACGGAAAAUCGGCGUAAUUUCGGAAGCUCAUCUCCACCGAAAAAUGGAAGCUAUUAUACUUACUACGGCAGUGAAUCUUCUUAUGACGGCAAUUAUGAUCGAGUUCACGAACAAACUUCGCAACAACAACAACCGAGAAAGAACAAAGAUAUAAUAAACACUAGAAGAAGCAAGGAGUGGGGCCCGGCAAUAAACCACAACUGGAGCCAGCCUGUCGAUCGACAAGAGGAUUUUCGUAGGCUACCGUUUCCUUCAAGGCCAAGCUCGGGCCCAUUGCCUGGCCCGAAUAAACUUGACCUGCUAAGAACCGUGUGUGAGCUACAGGAUCAGAUCAAACGGAUGCAGUUCCCCGAAAUCAGAAGGUAUUAUAACACAAACCGAAGCUACGGACAAUUGGGCCCGAACUGCCUUUCUGGGCCCUAUUCGGCCCAGCUGCUUCCUCACAGGCCCGUGGCCCACCCCAGCAUCUCGAGCUUCUCGAGCCAGUUACCCUCUGUAGCGGGCCAUGAGCCCACAUUUGACGACGGGCUCAUCAGGGCCCGCCUGAAGGAGAAAUAUUUUGGCAGGAAGAGGAGGCAUAUUCUCCGGCCAGUGGCUGGCGGGGCUCCUUUGGUAGCCUGCUACCGAUGCUUCGAGCUGCUGCACCUGCCGCAGGAUUUCUUUCUCUUCUCUGACGGGAAGAAAUGCCGCCAGCUGGCGUGCGGCGCGUGCGGGACGGUCCUCAGAUUCUCGCUCGCCAGCGGGACCCGUCACGUGGCACCCUACGUGGCCCCUUGCCAGCCUGGCGAGGCCGAAUGGGAAAAGGUGGGGCCCAGCUCGGAGAUCGAGGAGAAUGUGUCGAAAUCUCCGCUUCAUCGGCUGAUGGGGUACGCGUCGCCUAGCCGAGUGCUCGACAAUUGAAUUGAUAUUUUUACGAGACGAAAAUGGAAAAAUGAGUUGGUCGUGUUUUUUUUGUCGAUUUUCGGCCGGGGCUCGACUUUUUAUGUGAUUCUUUUACUGUGUGAAGAGUUUAUGGACUAUGGAGCACAGAGGGGCUUGGCUACGGCUUUUUAAGUUUCAUGCUUGCAUUUAACCUAUAAAGUAUAAACUGUGCUUGUUUGUGUGUGCGUUUUUGUGUAUGGUCUGUUUUACAGCAGAGUAUGAGUGAGCUGCCAUGGUGUAUACAAGUUCAGGUAGGAAUUAUAGAUUUGUGUUUAUUUGUAUAUUCGUUGUUUAAUAAUAAAUGGAUUUAUUAUACAUUGAUGAAAUAUAGUACAUUUUAUGUGGG